CAAGUGCAUUUAGGAUGCCUGGCAAAUGUCUGCCUGGACCUUCUUUAUAAUUUAUGCUACUUCUUUCUAACGUAUGGAACUGCUGUAGAACGGACUGAUUGUGAUUUAACAAAUCAGAGCCCUGUCCCUUUGGAAACUGGGUGAAAAAAAGCUUCUGAAGAUGUUCUUCAUGAUCACCAUCAGUGCAUCUAUGUGAACAGGCACAAUGACGACCUCCAGCAAAAAGACAUCAGUGGUCAACUCUUUGGCCAAAAUCUUUGACCCUAAUGCUUUACAGAACCAACGUCCACCUUCUGAAGAGGAACCUUUGCCUGCGCCCCCUUUAUCCAGGGAGAAUGUCAGCUCCCCUGAAAACUUGAAUGUGCUGGAUAGAAAGGUUGCAUCUUUGGAUCAGAAAAUAAACACACUGUUGACUGUGCAAGACAAUGUUCUUCAGAAGUUGGAGUGUGUUAAGCAGGAAAUCUUUUGUAUGGGAAAAAAUAUUGAGCUCUUUAAAGGACAAGAAAGAAAUGUGGGAGCUGGGCUAUCUACCCCAACAUCAGAAAAGUUAGAUAUAAAUGUAUUGUGCAUAGAAAUCAUCAAGAAACUUUCUGAUAUGAACAAGAGUGCAGAACAACAAGCCAAAAGAUUGGAUGGACUUGAACAAGUAGUGCUGGGAGUACAGCAACUCGUUGGCUCUUUGGUAGAGAAAUUAAAAACAUCUACAAUCACUGAUUUAAUGCGUAGAAAUGAAGCUCCUCGUAAGCUCCUUAGAGUCGGUGGCUACUUAAGAAAAGAUAAAUCAGGAAAUAUUUUCAGAAUGCAGACAUUCUCAGACAGAAGGGAAGCAGUGAUCAGCAAGCUGCAUGAAAAGGAAAAGUCAUAUCUGACUGCAAAGGGAACAAAAUCUUUAAUAAGGAAGAAGAAACCACCUGAUUCCUCAGAAGAAUCCGAGGAGACGUCGGAAUCAUAUUCGCACACAGAAAAGGUCCAUAAACUCAACAAGGAGAAUACUGAGAAGGCGAAUGUUUUGCUUCUUCAAAGAAGCUCCCUUAAAUCUCAUUGUCAUCAUGAGCCAAAGGAGAAUACAGAGGAAAGCCAUAGCUGCAGUAGGAAAACUUAUUUUCCGAAGACCAUGGGAAAGAGCCAGGCAGAAGACAUAAACGCCAAGAAAGAUAGCAGAAAACAAAAUGGCCCAGAGACAAGUAGUGAUGCUCUGGACCUUGUAAAGAAGCAUGAAGAGUCAGAAAAGAGCCUAGAGGAAGCAAGAAAGGAUGUUGAAGGAACAGAUACAAGCAGGGAUGAGGAAAAAGAAGUACAAGGAACUAUAUCCCCAAGUGAAGAUACAACAGAUGUUGAUAAUCCAUCAAAAAGCCAGGAUCAAGAUGUCAAGUGUGAAGACAAUGGAAAGGCCUCCUUUCCCCUGAAGGAUGAGCAGACCAGCAUCAGUAAGUGUCAUGUGAAGGAGGGAUGUUUUGUCAAAGACAACAGCAAAAAGAGCAGCUUUGAUGUAAGAAAGCCUAGUGAUGGACCUAAACCCAGAGAAACGACUAAACCAAGCAAAGCAGAGCCUGCCUUAUCAGAAGAAACAAAGAAACUGGAUUCCACAACAAGCAAAUGUAAAGGACAUGAAAAGAAGUCAACAGAAAAAAAGAGUGCAAAGGAUGACAGCCCACCACCUCCGGCUCCUUUUGAUCAUCGGAUUGUCUUGGCAAAAAAGACAGGGAUCAAUAGCUUUUAUCAUAUCUACAAGGGUGAAGUUUUGGGAGGGGGACGAUUUGGCCAGGUCCAUAAAUGUGAGGAAAAAGCAACUGGUCUCAAAUUAGCAGCCAAAAUAAUAAAAGCCAGAGGUGCAAAGGAAAAGGAUGAAGUAAAGAAUGAAAUCACCGUAAUGAAUCAGUUGGACCACGUGAACCUCAUUCAGUUGUAUGAUGCUUUUGAAUCGAAAAAUGACAUCAUCCUUGUCAUGGAAUAUGUGGAGGGAGGAGAACUGUUUGAUCGAAUUAUUGAUGAAAACUGCAACUUGACAGAGAUGGAUACCAUCUUGUUCACCAAGCAGAUCUGUGAAGGGAUUCAGCACAUGCAUCAGAUGUAUAUUCUUCAUUUAGACCUGAAGCCUGAGAAUAUCCUGUGUGUGAAUCGACAAGCAAAUCAAAUAAAGAUUAUUGACUUUGGGUUGGCAAGGAGAUAUAAACCAAGGGAGAAAUUGAAGGUCAACUUUGGCACGCCAGAAUUUCUUGCUCCUGAGGUUGUGAACUAUGACUACGUCUCCUUUCCUACUGACAUGUGGAGUGUAGGAGUCAUUGCCUAUAUGCUCCUGAGUGGGUUGUCUCCUUUUUUGGGUGAUGAUGAUAAUGAAACUUUGAACAAUAUCCUUGCUUGCAAGUGGGACUUUGAAGAUGAAGAGUUUGCGGGUGUGUCUGAGGAAGCGAAAGACUUCAUCUCUAAACUUCUCAUCAAGGAGAAAGGCUGGAGGAUAAGUGCAACUGCAGCAUUAAAGCAUCCUUGGCUAUCUGACCAAAAACUCCAUAAAAGACUCCAGGCUAAGAGGGCGGCUAAAGGUUCCCCUGGAUCUCCAGGACCUGCAGCUCCAUAACCUCUCUCCGAAAAAAAAAGAGAAAGUUGCUAUGCGGUCACUGCUGCUACAACAUCUGGAAAUACAAAUCAAAAGUUCUGGUGCUUUCACACACACACAUACAUACACACACACAAACACACACACCUUAUUCCCUUUGAAAACUUUGAGGCUUUUACAAAGUGGACCAAUACCACUUGAGCUGCCGGUUUGGGUUCCACCUGUACGGAGUGGCUUUCCUCCCCUGCUUUCUAUCAUUUUCAGUGGGUGUCUGGAGUUUCCAGGAAAGGGCGUUAACCGUUCCAAGGCUUCGUCACUUCAACUGCGCCCUUCUUCGCCCUGCCUGUCGUCAGCACAGUUCCUUUAGUUUUGCAAACCCAGCUGCCAAAGAAGAGGAAGGGAUUCGUUUAGACCAGCUCAGUGCAUUGCGAAACAAUCUGGUACCAAGGGUUCAAAUAUUUAAGUCAUGAUGAUCUGAUCUUAUUCGACAAUAAACAGAAUCCGUCUGGUAGGGCAGUGUGUAAAUGGCAUCAAAGGAUGUUAAUCAUUGUACUACAGUUUCCAAAAUGUGCCAGGCAGCAUGGCUUGGAUAUCUUUUUGAUCAGCUCAGUGAGGAUUUUGGAAGUUGCAGUUAAAAAAAACAAUUAAAAAUACCUUUUUCUCAGCAAUGCCUUUUUUUCAUUUUGGUAAUGUAACACUUUGAUGCCAUUUAAAGUCAGCUGGAUUCGUCAAGGCAAUCUGAAGUCUGUGUUGAGGUGCUUCAACACACACACACACACACACACACACCAAAAAAGACAAAAUGAAGGCAAAAAUGAAAGGGAUAUUGUAUCUUUAAUAAGCGGAGGAUUGUAAUAUAUAGCUGGCUUUAGAGAGCUGGUGCUGUGUAACAUUUAAAAGUGAGAGCUAUAAAUGUGAUGAGAUUCCUCUUUAAAAUUGGAGACACGAAAGUAGAUGGUGGCUUUAGGCAGGCGACUGCCUCUCUGCCUCAAUGCCUAGUCUCAGUCAUGGGAAAACAAUCCUGGCCUUACAGAAUUGUUGUAAGGAUUACUGAGCUGAUAACGUGAAAUGCUUUGGAUAUUCAGAAAGUCAUGUAUGGCUGCAAAGUAUUGGUUCACUUUAAGAGAGGGCAACACGUGUACCUUGGUCCCUAGGCAGACUCCCCUGCCCGUUCUUUGUAUCCCCAUAAUUUUCCCCCUAACUAUCCCUGCGGCUGAAUUUUAAUUGUGCAGUACUGGCAGGAAAGAAGGAAGGAUUUAGUUUUAAAACAAGGCACACAGUGUCCAUGUGUCUUUUGAGCUAAAUUGUAGUGGGUCUACCCACCCAAGAGGGA